AUGAGGGAGGGCUGGACCCCCUUAAAAACAACUCAAAACUAUUCGCGGGCAGUGCCUAAAUUAUCGUUAUUAAACGACACUUAUAAUAACACUCCAGCUGAUGGCGUUUGGUCAAUUGGAACAGAAUUGUGGCAUACACACGAAAGAGGAGAGCAACGACAAACACCCGUUUUAUUACGAAUAAGUUCAGAAGUUCCAGAACAAGCUGAAAUUGUUAUUCAAGUGCAAACAGACACACUGGAAAAUAAUCCUCCGAAGAAACCAUAUGCACCACGAUUAUUUCUUUCAAAUCGAAAACUAGUCACAUUACAACAUCGUAAUUCAUCAGUUAUCGGAAAGCAAUGUGAUGCAAAAUCUUCAGAUAUCGUGUCUUCGUUAUCACCACUCCGUCUCACCUUACCAUCAUUUGUAACUAGGCAUGCAACAAUCCCAAACUAG